AUGUUACUCCAUCGUAAACGCCUCACGCCGAAUGUGCAGCGUCUUGGCUUUCGAGCGUUGAGCAGCGUAUUUUCUCCUAAUCAUUUCGAUGUUGUUGUUGUUGGUGGUGGACAUGCUGGCUGUGAGGCUGCUGCUGCCGCCUCUAGAACUGGAGCUAAAACGGCUUUGGUGACUCAAAAACUAGCGACAAUCGGCGAAAUGUCGUGCAAUCCGUCUAUCGGUGGCGUAGGCAAAGGCACAUUGGUUCGUGAAGUGGACGCUAUGGGAGGUCUCAUGGGCCAGGUGGCUGACUCAGCCGGCAUCCAUUUUCACAUGCUCAAUUCGUCGAAAGGUCCUGCAGUUCGAGGCCCUCGAGCUCAGAUGGACCGAGAUCUGUAUCAACAAGGCAUGCAAAACGCACUGCGAGAGCUACCAAACCUUUGGUUGAUUGAAGAGGGAGUGGACGAUCUGAUUGUAGAGAAAAGGACUUUGAGUGAAGAUGAUCGUGUAAAGGGGGUGAUAGUAUCUUCUGGACGCGAGAUUCAAGCUACACAGGUCGUCAUAACAACAGGUACUUUUUUACGAGGCAUGAUUUAUCAAGGACCAGAUAUUCGUAUUCCUGCAGGAAGACAUAUGCGAGACUCGAAUGGACUUGAGCCUCCAGCAUUUGGACUAGCGCAAACUCUAGAGCGUCACAACUUUCCACUUGGACGAUUAAAAACAGGAACUCCACCUCGUCUUGAUGGACGCACAAUUGAUUAUACAGAUUUAGAAAUCCAGCCUAGUGAUGACCAUCCGAUACCAUUUUCAUUUCUUAAUGAGCACAAGCACGUUCCACUAGCGGAUAAUCAAGUAUUUUGUCACGCAACAUACACAAAUGAAGAAAGCCAUCGGGUUGUAAUGGAUAAUUUACACAUGCUGCCGCAAUAUGAUGGCGGGAUAGAUGGUAAAGGUGUGGGUCCACGAUAUUGCCCAUCAAUUGACGCAAAAGUCGUUCGAUUUGGGGAUCGUCCAAGGCAUCGGAUUUGGCUUGAGCCCGAGGGAUUAAAUACACAUCUUGUAUACCCAAACGGAAUCAGUACUGCGCUGCCCGAGUCACUACAACUUGAAUUGCUACGCACUAUAAAAGGACUUGAACAAGUGAAAAUCGUGCGACCUGGAUACUCCGUUGAGUAUGAUUACGUGGACCCCCGAUCGCUGCACCCGACGCUAGAGACUAAACAGUUACGUGGAUUGUAUCUGGCCGGUCAGAUAAACGGAACCACGGGAUAUGAAGAGGCCGCUGCGCAGGGUGUAGUAGCUGGCAUAAACGCUGGUUUAAGUGCAAUGGGACGAGAACCUUUGGUCCUUGAUCGAGCUGACGCCUUUACUGGUGUAUUGAUUGACGACUUGACAUCCUUAGGUACAACAGAACCUUAUCGGAUGUUUACAUCUCGGUCAGAAUUUCGUCUGUUGCUUCGCGCUGAUAACGCCGAUUUGCGUCUUACUCGCAAACUAUUUGAACACGGUGCCGGAAUAUCAAACGAGCGUAUGAAGAAUCUAGAACAAAAGGAAAACGCUAUUGAAUAUGCACAUCAAGCGCUAAAUGACUUUGAGCGAGAUCCACAUGAAUGGAAUCGCUAUGGCAUAAAGGUGGGACUCGACGGUAUCAAGCGUAACGCUGCACAAAUUCUUUCAUUUUCGACUGUAACGCCGCAGGAGAUUGAGCGAAUUUGGCAUGAAGUCGAUUAUAAGUACGCGGAUGCAUUACCUGACGAGAUUAAAGAUUUGAUGAAGACUGAAUGUCUUUACGCGUCACAAUUACGCUUGCAAGAAAAGGAAAUUCGUGUCUUUCGUAGCAAGCAGCACGUUCAGAUCCCUAAGUGGGUGGAUUACUCUGAACUACCAAUGAUCUCAAUCGAGGAACGCGAGAUUUUGCAGCGUUCACAGCCCGCUACAAUUCACGCAGCCAGUCGCAUCGCUGGAAUUCGGUCGACGACCUUGUUGCUGCUCUACCAAUACGCCAAGCGUCAAACCAAAGAGAAUUUCACAAAGAAAAAACGAAGACGGAACAUGAUUGCUCAACAAUCCAUUGAAGAUGGAAACCUUCAACAACUAAGAGAUCUUUUGCACAGCCACGAUGUAAAUGUAAAGCACAAACUUGACAGUUUAGAAAACUCAUUGUGGGAUCUGGAGCUUGGCAAGGCAGUGCAUACAGUAGUGGCUUCAGAUAUCAAAUCACGUCGACACUUUCAGCAGCUUCAAAUAGCUUUAGAACUAUUACUUCGGACACGACCUGAUGCUUGGAGUUCUGUCUAUUCUUGUGAAAAUGUGAUUGACUUUUGCGACGAGAUUCGCGUCAGAGGUAGCGAAGCAAAUUGGACAGCUAAUCAUCAAGCUUGUGCAACGGGAAAUUUAGCCUUUGUGGCAUAUGUACUGCAGUAUUAUCCAGCGCAGUUCGAGAUUCAGUGUCGCGACGCGUUUGGGCUAUUUCCAAUUGAUUUAUUACCACCAGAGCUGAUUAUGACUGCAGAGGGAACUACUGAGGAUGUCCAAGAGGAACCAGAUGCAAGGAAGUUUGGCAUUUCGCGGACCUUACAAAAUCUCGUCGUAAAACGCUUAAGGGAAUGCAAGACAAAGGUACAAGACGAACACGUGCGUAGUCUUAUGAAGAAGGCGAAGGUUGAAAAAGUCGACAAUAUAGAUAAAGAAGGAUAUACAGCUGGUGGUUUUUACAUCGCACUUCAGCACCUUCCAAACGAUCAUGUUCAUGAGCGUGGCGAGAAGCUGCAAGUGAAAUUUCGCUUGCCACUUAAUGACCUUUUUCUUGAUGGCUACUUUCAGCUUAUCUGGCGAGAAAUUGGAGACAAUCUAAGUGAGGAGCCCAACUACGACCCACACGUUACAAGACUACGCGAUGAAUGCGCACGUAUCACGGAGAAGGAAGUUCCAUUUCAACCACAGCCCAGUCCAACGUCUCUUUCGCUCAAGCUUUCAUGUGUAAAUUCUGUGGUUGAAAAUUCUUUCGUCAUCGAAGUGACCGAUUUGCCUCCUGAUAGCGUCUGCCAUGUCCUUUUCAUUACUUGUGAUCGGCAAUUUCUGCAUCGAAAUGUUGCGUUAAGCACGGAAAGUCUUACGAUACGAAGAUCCAAUGAUGAAUACAUUCUGAACUCUGCGAGUGACGAAAAGAUUAAUGAACGGCAGUUUGAAGAUAAAAGUAAACAGCAAAGUUAUAUUUUCUUUGUGGGAGGGGAAGAGUUUUCGCACCCAAAUGAAGUAUUUGCUGGUCAAAGCUUUCCUGACGUGGAAGCGUUUGAAAUUUUUUUAAGGGAUCUGAAAGCGAAAAAAGAGCAAGAUAGAAUUGAUUUGAUGAAGCGGCUAGAACAGACGAAUAACGUCGAUGAAGCUACUGCAGUCAGUGAGCAAAAGAUAUAG